UCGCAGGCAAGAUGGCGGCGCCCAUGGCACAGAAAAAAGCAUCUCGUCACUACGUUGGUGAAGUGAAGACACAGCUCCGACACGGGUAUGGAGUCUAUGUAUAUGCAAAUUCAUUUUUCCGCUAUGAAGGUGAAUGGAAAAAUGGUAAAAAACACGGUCGUGGAAAGUUUCUAUUAAAAGAUGGAAGUUAUUACGAAGGGGAGUUUGUGGAUGGAGAGAUGACUGGGAAUGGAUUGCAGUACUGGGCGUCAUCUGGAAAUACGUAUUCUGGGGAGUUUCAGAACGGAGAGAUCCACGGUUAUGGUGUGAUGCAGUACAAAAAUGGGGGACGAUAUGAAGGAGAGUUUGUAUUUGGAAUAAGAGAAGGACAUGGCUUGCUAGUGGACAAAGAUGGUCAGACGUACAGAGGAGGAUUUCACAAAAAUAAAAAAAAUGGAGAAGGACAAAUGAGUUUCAAGAAUGGAGAUACCUUUGAAGGCGAUUGGUUGCUGGAUAAACGGCAGGGACAUGGCGUUCUGCAUUGUACAGACGGAACCAUUUAUGAGGGACAGUGGAGAAAUGAUGUAUUCAAUGGUCAAGGAUGUAUGAUUCAUAGCUCGGGCGUAAUAUACGAUGGCUCCUGGAUCAAUGGCCAUCCUGACGCUGUUGCCAAGAAGAUGGUUAUCUUAGGUGAGGAUAUAAUGGAAUUUGUCCAAGGAUCACCUGUUGAGUUUCAUGUUCAGCUGCAGAGUGAAGAAGGGGAAAUUCCUAAAAAUGAAAAUGGACGGGUCUUAAAGAUCAGUGCUGGAAUAAAAUACGUUCAGCCCACAAAAAAACAGACCACGAGCUCUUCAGACGUAAUAGAAGAAUUUGAAGGAAAAACAUUCCAAACCCCAUUUGGAUAUGAGUGCAUUAACUAUCCUUUAUCGAGUAGCACAUCAGUGAAUAAAGAACAGAAAGACAACCCUUCCUUUAAAAUCAUUUCUGCAAGUGAAGCCUCCAGCAUGUUGCUCCAGUCAGUUAACAGUGACCAAGGGACUGAUGGCCUACAUGGGCCAGAUGAUCAUCAUUACGAAGAAAAACCCACAAUCUCUUUAACAGACAGCGAUGAACCUUUACCACCUCCUAAUAUAAGAACUGAUAUGGGCAGUGCUGCCUUUAAAGAAAUCAUGUUUGGAUCUCCAACAGAUAAUAUUCUCCCCUUUUUGACUCAAAGCGAAGCUGACAAGAAUCGAGGGAAAAAGCUAAGCGGCAAAAUAUCUGCUGAAAAAACGGAGAAAAUGACAGUCUCACAAGAAAAGAUUGAAGACAGCAGAUCUGAUCCAAUGGUCAAAGAACGGAAGUUUAAGAAAGAUCAGCAUUUGAUGGACAACAAUGUCGUAAGGCCAGGGGAGUAUGUUAUCAUGGUUGAAGACGUAACAAAGCCACCUUUCUUGGGUCAAACACUUCCACCUGCCUUCAAACUUGUUAGAAUUGUGCCUGAGAAACCGAAAGCUAAGACCAAUCGAAAAGAAACACUCAGAGUUCCUAGCACUUGAGGACAUUUUAGUGUUACAUGUGAACAUCUCACGUUUAUUUUUUUUAUAUCUUAAAUAAAACACAUUCCACCA